UUAAGAAAUGAGAAAGUAAAAAAAAAAUUAACCUAACAAGGCAGGCAGUGAUUCGUUGCUCACUUCCCUUACUGCUGGUUUCAUUUCCCUUCUUAGGUGAAAACACUCCUAAUAUGUAAAUCGGUCCACUAAAGACUUCAGAGUCCUUUCUGUUAAGAUUUGCAGAAAUUUUUAUGCAAAAGAAAUUAUUUCUAGACUUCCAUGCACUAGAAAAGCAGACUUACAAAAUACAGCAAACUAAAGUGGAUAAAUGUAUGUGGCAAAGCAGAAGCAAAUAAUCAAGGAUCCUACUUUUAAACAUUUAGAAUUGUUUAAAUAGUAAAAAGUGGAAAUGUGGAUAUUCUAUGAUUUUUAAGAACUUGGUAGUAAAAAGUCAGACUCCAUUUAGGAUUACCUACUAAGUGCCAGGUACUAUGUUAAGCACUUGGGACCUUUCUGGUUUAGGGCCCUCACAAUCCUGCUGGAUGGUAUUAUCUCUAUUUCAACUGUACAGAAAUGAAGUAGGAACAAAGGGUUAGUCAGAGUGGGCAGGUAACUAGACAAAGUCACACAGCUUAGAAAAGCAAAGAAGCUAGACUUUAAACCCCCUUUUACUCAAUAUCAAAUCUCCUUCUCUUUCCAUAGAUGAGGCAGACUUUAAGCAUCAAAGUACACAAACUGAAGAAAUUUUGUCCUUUGUAUAUAAUUCUCUUAAAUAUAUGCCAUCAUUUCAAGGGGAAUUUAUGCUAAGUGUGACUUCAUAAACAAAUCAUUUGUGAGAGAGAAAAACCACAUCCAGGGUAAAGUCAUAAAGUGAAAAAGCCUAUUUCAGAGAGCACUUCCUGAGACAAAGCAGCAAUUACAGGCAGCCCAGCACCAACUCCCAUGCCAAGCAUUACACUGGAAACUACUUUUUAAAGCAACAAAAGAGUCUAAAACAAAAUAAAACAUUUCUUAAACACACAGUUUCCAGAAAGAGCUAUUUUAACAGAAGCAACACAAAGAUAUCCCUUCGACAGAAGUGGAAGUGCUGAAAAAUGUUCAUCUCUCAUACAGACUUUUGAUGGACAGGAGUUUCUAAGUAUCAUGCCCACCAACAAGCUGUAAAAUGAUCACCCUGAACAAUCAAGAUCAACCUGUCCCUUUUAACAACUCACAUCCAGAUGAAUACAAAAUUGCAGCCCUUGUCUUCUAUAGCUGUAUCUUCAUAAUUGGAUUAUUUGUUAACAUCACUGCAUUAUGGGUUUUCAGUUGUACCACCAAAAAGAGAACCACUGUAACCAUCUACAUGAUGAAUGUGGCAUUAGUGGAUUUGAUAUUUAUAAUGACUCUACCCUUUCGAAUGUUUUAUUAUGCAAAAGAUGAAUGGCCAUUUGGAGAGUACUUCUGCCAGAUUCUUGGAGCUCUUACAGUGUUUUACCCAAGCAUUGCUCUAUGGCUUCUUGCCUUUAUUAGUGCCGACAGAUACAUGGCCAUUGUGCAGCCGAAGUAUGCCAAAGAACUUAAAAACACGUGCAAAGCCGUGCUGGCGUGUGUGGGAGUCUGGAUAAUGACCCUGACCACAACCAUCCCUCUGCUACUGCUCCAUAAAGACCCGGAUAAAGACUCCACCCCCGCCACCUGCCUCAAGAUUUCUGACAUCGUCUAUCUAAAAGCUGUGAAUGUGCUAAACUUUACUCGACUGACAUUUUUUUUCUUGAUUCCUUUGUUCAUCAUGAUUGGGUGCUACUUGGUCAUUAUUCAUAAUCUCCUUCAUGGCAGGACAUCUAAGCUGAAACCCAAAGUCAAGGAGAAGUCCAUAAGGAUCAUCAUCACACUGCUGGUGCAGGUGCUCGUCUGCUUUAUGCCCUUCCACAUCUGUUUUGCUUUCCUGAUGCUGGGAACGGGGGAGAACAGUUAUAGCCCCUGGGGAGCCUUUACCACCUUCCUCAUGAACCUCAGCACAUGUCUGGAUGUGAUUCUCUACUACAUCGUUUCAAAACAAUUUCAGGCUCGAGUCAUUAGUGUCAUGCUAUACCGUAAUUACCUUCGAAGCAUGCGCAGAAAAAGUUUCCGAUCUGGUAGUUUACGGUCACUAAGUAAUAUAAACAGUGAAAUGUUAUGAAUAAUAGAAAGGUUCUUUAUCUCAAUCCCAUCAAAAUUCACUUCACUGACUACUCUGGCAUCAAUGGAUAUUCCGUAAAAUAUUAUCAAGUCCCUUUUCUCUUGAAAAAAAUAAAUUCAUCAUCUUCAUUUUAAAAACUUAUAUAAAACAUUUUUGUGAAUUAUUC